AUGAUCAUGGGAACAGCAAUGGCAGUCAUGUAAAAAUCUUUUUACCGAAGAAGCUGCUCGAAUGUCUACCAAAAUGUUCAAGUUUACCGAAGGAGAGGCACCGCUGGAACACUAAUGAGGAAAUUGCAGCUUAUUUAAUAACGUUUGAAAAGCAUGAAGAAUGGCUAACAACUUCCCCUAAAACAAGGCCGCAGAAUGGUUCUAUGAUCCUGUACAAUAGGAAGAAGGUGAAAUACAGGAAAGAUGGGUAUUGCUGGAAAAAAAGGAAAGACGGGAAAACCACCAGAGAGGAUCACAUGAAGCUGAAAGUCCAAGGAGUGGAGUGCUUGUACGGCUGUUACGUCCAUUCCUCCAUCAUCCCCACGUUUCACAGAAGGUGCUACUGGCUUCUUCAGAACCCAGACAUCGUGUUGGUGCACUACCUGAACGUUCCUGCCAUUGAGGACUGUGGAAAACCCUGCGGCCCUAUCUUGUGCUCAAUAAAUACAGACAAGAAAGAAUGGGCAAAAUGGACAAAAGAGGAACUCAUUGGACAGCUCAAACCCAUGUUUCAUGGUAUUAAGUGGACAUGCAGCAAUGGAAACAGCAGUUCAGGGUUCUCAGUGGAGCAGCUCGUGCAGCAGAUCCUCGAUAGUCACCAGACCAAACCGCAGCCUCGGACACACAACUGUCUCUGCACUGGUACCUUGGGGGCAGGAAGCAGUGUGCAUCACAAGUGUAACAGUGCCAAACAUCGCAUCAUAUCACCAAAGGUCGAACCAAGGACAGGUGGGUACAGCACUCAUUCAGAGGUACAAAAUAACGAUGUCUCUGAAGGCAAGAACGAGCACAGUCAUGGCAAGGCCUCCAACCGAGAGAAGAGGAAUGGCAAAGUGGCGAAACCAGUGUUGCUCCAUCAAAAUAGUACUGAGGUUUCUUCCACCAACCAGGUGGAAGUUCCUGACACAACCCAGAAUUCUCCUGUGUCCAUCAGCAGUGGAUUAAAUAGCGACCCGGAUAUGGCGGAUAGCCCAGCAGUCACUGGUGUGUCCAGCAUGGCUGUAGCAUCAGUUAUGGGAAGCCUGUCACAAAGUGCCACAGUAUUUAUGUCAGAAGUCACCAGUGAAGCUGUGUAUACCAUGUCACCCACCUCCGGCCCAAAUCAACACCUUCUGUCCUCAGAUGCGGCUGCACAAGGACUGGUACUUGCUGUGAGUUCAGAUGGACACAAAUUUGCUUUUCCAACAACAGCCAGCUCAGAGAGCUUGUCCAUGCUACCCAGCACCGUCUCCGAGGAACUUGUGCUCUCCACAACUUUAGAUGGAAAUAGAAAAAUUCCAGAAACCACCAUGAAUUUUGACCCAGACUGUUUUCUUAAUAAUCCCAAGCAAGGGCAGACUUAUGGUGGAGGGGGUAUGAAAGGUGACAGCAUCAGUACCAACAUAAGGCAGUCACCCACCACAGAACGUAGCUUCAACUUCAAUACAACUCUCACGAAAGAAAUUAAAACCGAGGACACAUCUUUUGAACAACAGAUGUCCAAAGAAGCAUUUUCCUCCACUUCUGCAUCUAACACUCUCACCCUCACUACUGGUUCAGGUUUGCUUCCGUCUGGAGGAGGUCUGAGCCCAAGCACCACCUUGGAGCAGAUGGACUUCAGUGCCAUUGACUCCAACAAGGACUAUUCUUCCAGCUUCAAUCAGACAGUCCAGAGCCCUCACGUUCAUCAGACCCCUUCCCCCAGCUUCUUUCUGCAGGAUGCCAGCAAACCUCUUCCCCUUGAGCAAAACACCCACAACAACUUGAAUGACACAAGUGGCUCAUUUGUGAAUACAAUAGGAAUCCCCAGUGUGAAAACAGAGUCCCCAUCCCAAACCACUUCCAACUGCAAUGGCACAGUGGAAACCAGAAUAGAGUCCACCUCUUCUCUCCAGCUCAUGCAGUUCCAAGCAAACUUCCAGGCUAUGACUGCAGAAGCUGAAGUUCCCAUGGAGACCUCCCAGCAGGCAGAAGGGAAUGAAAAUCUACUUAAAUCAGGGGAUCUUCAAGCCUGCAGCACAGAACACUACUUGCAGCCUGAGACCAAUGGAGGUAUCAGGAAUGGGAACAAUCUCCCUAUUCUCCAAGGAAACAUGGUACAAGGACUCUAUCCUGUGGCCCAUCCCAGCUUAAAUAACUCCUCCAACAUGGAGCUUAACUUGGACCACUUUGACAUCUCCUUCAGCAACCAGUUUUCUGAUCUAAUUAACGAUUUCAUAUCUGUAGAAGGUGGGAGCAAUGCCCUCUAUGGACACCAGUUGGUGUCAGGUGACAGUGCCGGACUCUCUCAGCCUGAAGACAGUAACAGAACAACCUACAACCAGGCUGAAAUGUGCAUCCCUUGCUGCAGUCCUCAGCAAGCCAACAUGCAGCUCAGCAGCACAGAGAAUGGAGCCAGCACGAUGGCAUACAUGCAUGUGGCUGAGGUGGUCUCGGCAGCUGCAGCACAAGGCACUUUGGGGUUGCUACAGCAGAGUGGGCGCUUGUUCAUGGUGACAGAUUAUUCACCAGAAUGGUCUUACCCUGAGGGAGGAGUGAAAGUUCUAAUCACUGGUCCAUGGCAAGAAGCCAGCAAUAAUUACAGCUGUCUGUUUGAUCAGAUCUCAGUGCCUGCAUCCUUAAUUCAGCCAGGAGUACUGCGCUGCUACUGCCCAGCUCACGACACUGGGCUCGUGACUUUGCAAGUUGCCUUCAACAAUCAGAUCAUCUCCAAUUCUGUGGUGUUUGAAUACAAAGCCAGAGCUCUGCCAACCCUGCCUUCCUCCCAGCAUGACUGGCUGUCUUUGGAUGAUAACCAGUUCAGGAUGUCGAUACUGGAGCGCCUCGAGCAGAUGGAGAGGAGAAUGGCCGAAAUGACAGGCUCCCAGCAGCACAAGCAAGGAGUAGGAGGCGGGAGCAAUGGGAGUGGGAAUGGAGGAACGCAGGUGCAGUGCGUUUCUGGGACUGCAACCUUGGGCAGCUGCUUUGAGAGCCGCGUGGUGGUGGUGUGCGAGAAGAUGAUGAGUCGUGCUUGCUGGGCAAAGUCCAAACACUUGAUCCAUUCAAAGACUUUCCGAGGAAUGACACUGCUCCACCUAGCUGCUGCCCAGGGCUAUGCUACACUGAUCCAGACUCUCAUCAAAUGGCGCACCAAACAUGCAGACAGCAUUGAUCUGGAGCUGGAAGUUGACCCGUUGAAUGUGGAUCAUUUCUCCUGCACCCCCCUGAUGUGGGCAUGUGCCCUGGGCCACAUGGAUGCAGCUGUUGUGCUGUAUAAGUGGGACCGCCGAGCCAUCUCUAUUCCUGACUCCCUUGGGAGACUGCCGCUGGCAAUUGCCCGGUCUCGGGGCCACGUGAAGUUGGCAGAGUGCUUGGAGCAGCUACAGCGUGAUGAGCAAACUCAGCUUGGACAAAACCCCAGAAUUCAGUGCCCCUCGAGCACCGACUCCAGCACAGAAAACUGGGUGUCUCAGUGGCACAGUGAGCUUAUUGCCUCUCAAGAGCCUCAGAAGGGAGUCACUGUGAUUUCCAGUACCAACACAGAGCUGAGACGACCAAGAUCAGAACCUUCCAGUUACUACAGUAGUGAAACUCAGAAAGAUUACCCUGCACCCAAAAAACAUAAGCUGAGCCCUGAAUAUUUUCAAGCCCGGCAAGAGAAGCUGCUUUCCACUGCACUAAGCCUGGAACAGCCGAGUGUCAGGAAGCAGAAUUCCAGCUCCAAGCAGUCCACCACUGAGACAAUCAGCCCCAGUGAAGGGAUAAGGGACUACGGCCGGGAGCUCUCCCAGCACAUCCCAGAAGUGGCUGGAUACCGGGGCUCUGGUAGCCAAGCAGGGGUCAAAUGGAACCCAAAAGACAUUUAUAUUGGUGUGUCUGCGGUGCAGGUAGUGGGGAGCCAGAAGAGCGCUGCGCUGGGGAAGGACACUGUGGGACAUCGGCUACGCCAGCGAGAGCAGAUGAACGUGCUGAUGUUGGCUGACAGGGAGUUAGUGGAUGCAGAGCUCUUGUCCUAUAGGGACAAUGUGGGGGAUGAGGACUGCUUACGCCACAUGGAUGACUUGCAGGUGAACAUGAUGACGCUUGCAGAGCACAUUAUUGAAGCUACGCCUGACAGGAUCAAGCGGGAGAAUUUUGUGCCAAUGGAGUCGCCGCAGGUGGAGAGAGCAGAGAGUGCUGCCAUGAGCACCACGAUGAGCUGGCUGGCCAGUUACCUUGCUGAUGUCGAUCAUCUGCCGAGUGCUGCACAGAUAAGAAGUCUGUAUAGUGAACCCUUGACCCCUUCUUCAAACACCAGCUUGAGCCCUGCAGGCUCACCCAUCAGUGAAAUAGCUUUUGAGAAACCCAGCCUUCCUUCGGCAGCGGACUGGUCUGAAUUUCUGAGUGCAUCCACCAGCGAGAAGGUAGAAAAUGAGUUUGCACAGUUAACUCUGUCUGAUCAUGAGCAGAGAGAACUCUAUGAAGCUGCCAAACUCGUCCAGACAGUCUUCAGGAAAUAUAAGGGUCGUCCACUCCGGGAGCAGCAGGAGGUGGCUGCCGCUGUCAUUCAGCGUUGCUACCGAAAAUACAAACAGUAUGCACUUUAUAAAAAGAUGACGCAAGCUGCCAUUCUUAUCCAGAGCAAAUUCCGAAGCUAUUAUGAGCAGAAGAAAUUCCAGCAGAGCCGACGAGCCGCGAUGCUGAUCCAGCAGUACUACCGCAGCUACAAAGAAUGUGGGAAGAGGAGGCAGAACCGUCGGGCAGCCACCAUUGUGCAACAGAAACUCAGAAGCAGUCUGCUUACCAAGAAGCAGGAUCAAGCUGCUCGCAAGAUUAUGAGGUUUUUACGACGCUGCCGCCACAGCAGAGACAUGCAACAACAACAAAAAUACCCACUGCAGUUCUGGAAAUACCAUCUGCAGGAUUUUAACAGUAAUGUUUUGGUCAUUGCAUUUGCACUUUCAUGGACAACAUUUAAUUUGUUCAGCAAGACAUCUCGGAACUCAAUCUUCUGUUGGAUCAUACGAAUAAAAAAAAGACACCAGGAAGAAUUUGUGAGUUGCUUCAUUCUCCAAGAAGGAAGAAGCGAUUAAUUAUCCUUUUCAUAUAGGGCUGUAUUGAACAACAUGUGGAACUGUACAAAUAUUAUACCAAAAAUAUUGUUAAGAAAAGGUGGGAAUGCACAAGCAACACAAGAAUGCUGUUCCUGCACUUGUCGGUCAUCUCCAAGAAACUGAAGCUUUGAGAGUCUCAGUGGAGGGGCUUAGAUCAGUACGUCUUUAUUGGGUCCAUGCAUCCUCAUUUCCUUCGCACAUCUGUCCUUUGUGUUUUAUUUAAAUCUCUACAGCACACUUAAUGCAACUUUUUAAAUCUGCAGGUUUUUAAUACAUCCCGUGGGAACUUACGGAAGGGGUUGGCAUGUGAGAUAAACGGGUAACGUGCAAGAAGCAGAGAGAGCAACUUAAGAAAGUUUUAAAAAGUUUCUUUUUGGUAUUUUUACUCUAGAACCUGCAAAAAUGUAUCAAUUGCCAUGUAUUUUCUCUCAUAUUCAGCACUUUAUUUUCUAGCCUUACUUUCAUGUACUGUUAUUUUAAUUAAGUUCUUAAAAUAAUUUGCAAGACAUGUAGCUUUUUAUCCUAAGUAACUGUCAAACUUCUUGUCAUUUUGCAGAGUCACAUACAUAUGUUGCCUGGACAUUUUAUACCACCUAAAGAGCAGAGUGGUGCUGCAUUCUGGCCAGUAAAUUUCUUUUUUUGGCUCUUUCAUCAAAUCUGGGCAGUUUCUGUAUAUAUAGAAGGUAGAAAUGGAAAAUGAGAAAAAAAAUAUUUGAAAGGGAAUAUAUUGAUUAAUUACUAAAUAUUUUAUUCAUAAAGGGUCAAUAACUUGGCAAGAUAAAAUUAUUAUUUGUAUAGUUUUGUCUGAAUGAACGAGAAGAGUGUGGAUGUAUUGUUUGUACAUAUUGUAUAUAUUAAAACAAAGAGAUAUGUGCAUGAACUCAAGAAAAAGAAAUGAACAAAAGCAAAGCAUUAGUGGCUAUGGUCUGUAAAAUGAAACAAAAACUUUAUUUCACUAUAAGAAACUUUAUUUUAAAUGUUCUUUAGAAGAACAUUUUUGCUAAAGCAUGACUAAAUGGCAAAAAAGAGCUACUGUAUUUAGACUUAGGAAAAAAAAAGGCAGAGCAACAUUACUUUAAAAAAAAAAAAAAAAGAAAGAAAAAAAAAAAAAGGAUAUGUUUACAUUUGAUUUUGGCUACCAGGAGUUUGGUUUGGUUGAAUUUCAGUUAUUUAUUCCUUCCUUCUUUUUGCCCCCCCGUUUUUUUUUUUCUUUUUUUUUUUUUUUUUUUUUUUGCCAAUGGUGCCAAGUAAUGUGAAUGCUAAUAUUGCUUAAGAAAAUUACGUUACUUUUGCAAAGCAGAUAAUCAUAAAAGUACAAAAACGUAUCUAGCUUAACACCAUACACUCACUCCAAUAAGGAACACUUAGAAUGAACAUAAAAUGAAGAAAAAAAAAAAGAAAUAGUAUGAAAGUAGAAAAUAUCUUUCACAUUUUCAUAUCUCCUGCUGGAAGUCAGAAAAUGUAAUAAAAAUUGCACAAAAAAUUAAAAAAAAAAACUAAAAUGAAAAAAAAAAAGAUGCAAACUGAUCUUGUAGGGGUGUCAUGGUAUAUUGCUAUUUCCACAUAGUGAGGAGCCAAAGAAAUUAGUGGUUUUUUUUAAAUUAAAGUACUAAUUUAAAACUGUCACAAAUUCUCAACGAUGGGCAGCAGGUUCUGAUCUCAGUUACCCAGGAAUGUAAGGGAAGUAGUUCCUGAAGCCGCCUCGUUACUGUGGGUGACGUCCUUCUGCCUGAGGUCAGAAGCUGCUCCUGUGUCUGUUUUGCUAGCGGCAGUUGCUAAUUUCUGCACGGACUGGUGUCAGUUUGGGACUGUUCGUUUUGGAAGAAUCGUUCCUGCUCGAUCCCGGCCACCAACUGCAAUGUUUAAACGGAAGGCUUGCUGUGAAGCCUAAAAAUACUCACACAUAAGAAGCUUUUAAACUGGUGUCUUUAAAAGAAGAGUAAAAGCAAAGAUUGUGGCAAAAAAAAAAAAAAACAAAAACAAACCUGGGGUCAGUGCUCUUGGUGCCUUUUCUAUAAUUGUACCUGUUUUUAAUUACUUCUUUUCACUGCCAGCAUUGAAUUACAGUAGAUGUGUGCUAUAGCUCAUUAUCAGAAUUAUCUUGUACAUUUCUGAAUUGCUGCUUAAUGACCUGAUUCAAUUAAAAAAAAAAAAAAAAAGUAAAAAAGAAUGGUUCUCAUGCUGUGGCUUUGGGCAGCUCAUAGCCUCAAUUUAUUGUAUGGAAUCGGGACUUUAUGUGUUAAAUUUUCCUUACACACAAAAAUAGAAAUGCAGAAGAAUCUCCUUUGGAAUGAAUAGGAAAUGCUCUGUAUUAAUACUGGAAGAACUUCAAUAUUCUGAAAUUGAAAUGUUGCUCCACACAUUAACCAGUGCGUGAUGAUAUGAAUUGAUCUUUUCCUAACAAGAGUAGUGACCUCAGUGGAAAUAUUUGAAUUCCCUGUAUUUUGAAAAAUGAUUCAGUAAUAUACAGAGCUAUUUCAAAUUACUCUUCCAGAUCCAUGGGCCUGGUGGUGUAUCUACUAACCUAGAUCCUGCUUCAGCAAAACGUUUAAGCAUGUACUUGGUGUUAAACAUGCAAGCAGUUCCAUAGGGUCAACAGAAAUACUUGCCUGCUUGAAGCCAAGUACAGCUUCUAAGUGCUUUCUUGUGUCGGGUCAUAACCCUUCAGUGUAUCACUGGGGAGUUACGAGACUCCCACUGAAGUGAAGUGAUUCCGCUCACCCUUUACUCGAUUGUGGAACUUGUGUUUUCACAGAAGAUAAACUAAGUGCAGCUUCCCGGGAAAGUUCAGAUUCCCAAGUGCCAGGAGCCAAAUCUUCUGUCUUCUGAUCAUGGAAUUGCUCCUUUGUGAAACGCAUUUGACAGCAGUAAUACUGUGUGAAAGAAAUACAAAAUAUAACAUGAACCCCCUCUCUGGUUGCACGCUUACGGCAGUUCCACACAAUAGCUGGUGCCCAAUGGGGGGUCCCCAAGACUUGCAUGUAAAACUAGUAUAGAUGUCUUCUCUUUUGUAAGUUUUAUUUUUGUAACCGUGCAUGUAAAGCAUCACUGAAUCAAUGGAUCUGUUGAAGAACUCAGCUGCUGGAACCAUGCAAAAUGUUUUGAAUUGCCCUUAAAAUAUGGAAAAUGUUUUCUGAAUGCUUUAUAUUCUUUCUGCUGUAAAUUAAAAACAAAGAAAAUUUCCCCAUA